UCAAACAGAUGCGGAGUUAGUAUUCUUUGGUGGGGGUUAUGGUGGAGUUGCAAGAACCAGCAAGAAAAUCCUGCGGGAGGAUUGACGGCUUCUGAAGAUAUGGGGAGCCAACCAAGUGUUUCGUCAGUACUAUUGGCUUUCUGGGCUUCGUUCGUGCUUGUUGCUGCGCAGGGCCCCCUAGGAAUUCAUCGAUUCACGCUCGGCUCCUCCUCAAACGAAUCUUGCGCGAAUGUCGAUUGUCAGCAGGGGACGUGUGUCCCGACUUCCAACACCUUAGUUAGCCUUUUGUUUCCCUACGAGUGCCAAUGCUAUCCUGGGUGGGCUACUAUUGAGAAAUUUGUCCCCUCGCUUCCCAAUAUACCAUCACUUCCCUGCAACGUUCCGAAUUGCACCUUUAAUUCCUCAUGCUCUGGAGACUCUACCACGCUGGCUCCUGCAAGCCCCAGCUCAGUACCAUCGUACGCCAACCUAAGCGCAUGCUCACUGCCCAGAAUUUGCGGACACGGAACAUGUAGUGAGAUCAAGAACGAGAACAAUGCGUCGACAUUCAAGUGUACGUGCGACUCUGGUUACGCUAAUGUGGGCAAUAUGACGGGUGGAUACUGCGUGAAUGAUUGUGAAAUAAGCGGAGAGUGCUCAAGCCUUAACCUCACAGUGCCUGGUUUGAGCCCGCCAACGUCUCAACCAUCGCCAGCAUCAGCAAAUCAAACUACUAACGCAGGUUGCAGGAGUUUACAACCUUAUGAUAGAUCUUACAUCGCCGCAGCUGUCGCUGUGGGGUGGUCAAUCUUGAGCAACCUCUCCUAAGCUCCGAUUCAUCGCUUUUGCCUUAAGUUUCAACAACGUACUACUAGGGCACUGAUUCAGAACUGGACGUGAAAUUCUGUAGGCAACUUCUCAAUUCUAACCAUUGUCGACGUCGGCAGUGUAGGUUUUGUCGAUGCGGCUCUGAUGAGACAUUCUGUUUUUUUAUCUUAUCACAAACCAGCAGAAAGUUGUAACAUCUAGAUCGUCGUGUAGUGGUUACUCUCAGCUGGUGAUUCACACCUAUAUUAUCACCGUAAGAAACUAGUAUACUGGCCGUUCUGGGUUACGGUUUGGUUGUAUUAUUAUCAUAACAAAAGCGUUUAUGCAUUUUUCAAGAAAUUCCAACCCCGCUUUACGUUUCUACAUUCUGCGGGAAGAACAAAAAUUGACGGGAUCGAAACCCUAAAACUCCCAGCUUUGCUCAA